AGUAUAGAUCGGAUCAAAAGGUUUGUUUUGUACACAACUGUUUAUACGUUCAAGUUAAAGAUAUAGCUUUUAGUGGUUCUUAAAGCAAACAACGUUAUAUUACUAAUCCAAAUUACCAACUGAGAAAAUAAUAUACUUGUAUGGGGGAUUGCUGUCUUUUUGCUGACAACUUAAGGUAUUUUAUUCAAGAAGAAUAGGAACUUCAGAAAUUGUACUUUCAUGUUAUGAGAAGCGAAAAAAAGUAUUUGAAGAAUUGCUACUAGAAACAGAGAUGUCAACCUAUUCCCUUCCUUCAAAGCGUUGUGUACUGGUGUUGGCUUGUUGUUGGGCGAUUUUACUUCCCUUCGCUCAUUUUGAUAUUCCAGCUGAAUGCUCGAUUCCAAAAAGAGGAAGUCUGCGAGUCUUCUUAACUGUAUCUUCUUUGGUUUCAACAUCACCAUCUGGUGACAUUACAGAGAGACAGCUAGAAUUAAAUUGGCUUGGAGGUACUCGCAAUGAAGGCGACAGAGUAAUGUUAUUUGACCGUGAUCCUAAACAGAGCUUGGAGCGCUCACUAGUUAUGAUAGAUCCAUUAUUGCAUGUGUCAGGGUAUUACAAGACUAAUGUCCAGUUCCCACACUUAAAUUUCGCGUCACACAACCUCACGACUAACUGUCUUGGGUUUUGGAUUGCAUAUCUUAGGCAGGACAAAGUACUGGCAUCAUCUUGUUUACGCGCGAGACCAUACUGGAUGAAAGAAAAUAAGGAAUGGAUCAAGGAUAUUCCGCUUGUAAACUUGAUGAUUCCCGGUACUCAUAAUGCCGGUAGUUAUCAACGGUACAAAGGAUCGGAGAGUGAAAAGGUAUUUAUCCGUUAUCUAUACAAUCAAGAGGAAAGUGUCUUCAAUCAGCUAGCUUAUGGUAUUAGGUUUCUAGAUCUCAGAGUUGGAUACUAUCCAGGCACUACAGAGAAGUUUUGGAUUAACCAUCGUCUCUUCUCGGUCAACAAUACAUUAGCAACCGUACUGCAGGAUGUGGCGUCCUUCGUUUGGUCUACAGAAGAGAUAAUCCUCUUGGACAUCCAUAACUUUCCAACUGGUUUUACAAACCGUCCAGAUAUUCAUCAACGCCUCAUUAUUAAGCUUUUAGAGUAUCUGGGACAUUUCAUGAUCCCACGGAAUGUCGGACAUAAUGCUACGUUAGGAACAUUGUGGAACGCCCAAAAACGUGUCUUGGUGAGUUACAACAGUGAUUAUUAUGUUUCUAGUCAACUUCUCUGGCCAGGUGUAACUCAUAUCUGGGGAAACAAACAAACUGUGGGAAGCCUUAAGUCUUUUUUUGAAAAUUCUUUCCGUCAGCUCGAAACUUCCUAUUUAUCUUCAGCCAUGGCUGAGCUGACUUCUACUAUAGCAAAUUUCUUAAUCGAACCGCUUAAGGGACAUCGCGGAAUGGCUCAUGACGUCAACAGACAAGUAACUAUCUGGUUUAGAGACCUCUGGUGGUGGUCGUGCAAUAUUGUAUCGACCGAUUACUUUCUUGGCAAUAAUAUAAUUGACGUUAGUAUUGAAAGCAACAUCAAGAAAGCACUAUGUCGCAAAGAGCAAAAACUAAAGUUCCAAAGAAGAGUUUGAAAUGUGGAUUAUUUUUAGUUAAUCAUAAACGAUUGUAUGGAAAAGGUAAUGUAGUAAAGGUUUAUACAUUUAAUUACCCCUUUUAAUAUAGUAUGGGACAGGAAGGCUAUUACAUUUAUUAUUGCUCAUAAUGUAGAUAAAUUUGGAAUUUUUAACAAGUCUUGUUCACAAACUUCACCUUUUUUAAUGAGGGAAUAAAAUCACCGAAAAUAUUUCUAAAUAAUGUUUAUUUCUACUAACACAUUCAAUAAAUGGUGAACUAGAUGGAUCAGUCAAACUCUUAACAUGUUUACAGGUUUUCUCCUUUAUUUCUCAGUUUUAUUACAGUUAUUACUAUUAAUUAACAAAACAUUACUCUUUUGGUAUUAUAUUAUUAUGCCUAACAUAUUACUUUUAGGGGGGAAAUACUCAAAACAUUCUUCGUGACAGAACAGUACUGUCGAAAACGUACAAUUUCGGUUAAUUCUUUUAAUUAUGGCCUCCUAGUGAUUCAGUAGUAAGUCUGAGGGCUUAUAACAUUAAAAACUGAGUUUCAAUACCCGAAGUUGGCAGAGUGUAGAUAGCUCAUUGUGUAACUUUGUGCUUAACGACAAACAAAUAAAUUUUUAAUUGGCUCGUCUUUUGAAAACAUUCA